AUGCUUACUGUAUUGAACUUUUAUAAGAGUACGUCAAAACACCCGUACGUAACUUUUCAAUUUAGAAAUAAAUCGAAGACAAAUUGGGCAAAGUUAAAAAAGAAAACCGGCCCUAAGUACAAAGCCCUAAAUCAUUUUGACGACUUUUACGGCUCCGUUUUCGGUAACCAAUGGGAAUCAAUGAGAGAAGGUCUCUUACGAAAAUCUAAAUAUGUAGCAAUAAUAAAUAACUAUGGUGAUGCUGAAGAGACAAUGGAAUAUCUGUCCCAGAGAGGAGCCCACUGCUUAAAAUACUUAAUGUCUGUGCAGCAGGACUUUCACAAUGAAUAUCCCACAGACAACAUUAAACCAAAGAAAGAACGGUACCAAAGUGCUGUGGAUAAUUAUGUAUCUAAAUUACAAAGUGAUGAAAUAUCUAAUAUAUAUCCUGAAGGUGGUGAUUCCCCUGAAAAACUAGAAUUUAAAGAUACAACAAUAAAUACUUCAAAAGUAGAAGAUAAAACAGAAGAAUCAGAACAUUUAUCAAAAAAUUUGGAUGAAGCUAUUGAUAAUGCUGAGAUAGACUAUACUCGUAUCAUAAGCGCUGAGAUGGGAGUAUCUUCAGAAGCCUUAUAUCAGUAUAUUCCAGCCACAAAACUAAAGGGAAUGGAUGAUUAUGUGCCUGAGUCACUACAUUAUUCCUUUUAUUCUUCACAAAGUGGUGACUUCCCCUUAGUGAUAGAACCCGAAACAACAUUUAAAUUUCCGGAGCAUCUAAAGGUUAUGACAUAUGAAAUGGGGAGUGAAUUGUAUAAAUUUCCUGAGCCAAAACGAAGUAACACAGGGGUGUUUAACUUCUAUCCACUGGAUGGGUCUAGUGUGUUACCAGUGUUAGCCUUAUGUCUGCAACAAGCUGAUCGUGUUUUGGAUCUUUGUGCAGCACCAGGUGGAAAGUCCCUUAUUACAUUACAGACCCUAUUACCAGAUGUACUCGUCUGUAAUGAUUCUUCAAUAUCCAGGAACAAUCGAUUAAAAAAUAUUUUGAGGAGUUAUUUAAUUGAUUACGAGAGUAAUAACAAAUGGCGAGAGAGAAUAUUGUGUAAAACUGUAGAUGGAAGGAUUUUUACUGAUGACUCAGGGUUUGACAAGGUUCUUGUGGAUGUGCCCUGUACCACUGACAGACAUUCCGUUAUGAAUGAUGAAAAUAAUAUCUUUAGACCAGAUAGAAUCAAAGAAAGACUGAGGAUACCAGAACUUCAGUCGCAAUUAUUGCUGAAUGCCUUAAAGCUGGUGAAGGUUGGUGGGGCUGUGGUAUAUUCCACCUGUUCCCUGAGCCCCAUUCAAAACGAUGGAGUAGUUCACCUCGCUCUGAAACAGGCAUUUCAGGCGAACGGUAUCGUCGCUGUCGUAAAAGACAUGUCAGCACCGUUCAGCAGCUUGAGUAGCACGUUGGUUUUGGGAAGUGGGUCGGCGCUGCCGAAGUAUGGGCAGCUAGUGGUUCCUCACGUUGAGGCCAACUUUGGACCUGCGUAUAUCGCCAGACUUGUAAGGGUUAAAUAG